AUGCAGCACUAUGCUGUAGUACGCUACAGGAGCCGCAGUAGAGGCCGCGCUGAGUAUCCUCCGAACUACGUGCCUCCAGGAUAUCCACCUCCAAGCUAUCCGCCUGCGGGGCCCAGUUAUCCACCCCCAGGGCCGGCUUAUCCACCUCCAGGCUAUCCACCUGAGAGAGCAGCAUACCCACCACCUCAGUAUGCACCAGAUCCUUAUGCCAUGCCACCGCCGGAUCCAUAUGCUCCACCACCACGAGACCCCUAUGCUCGUGAUCCAUAUGCACCUCCACCGCGUGAUCCAUAUGCCCCACCACCUCAUGACCCCUACGCACCACCACCAGUUCACGACCCAUAUGCUCCACCACCCCAUGACCCCUACGCUCCCAGAGAUCCUUAUGCUCCACCACCAAGGCCACCAGCUCACUAUCCAGCCUAUCCACAGCCAGGCUAUCCAGCCUAUCCAGAGUAUCCACCAGCGCACUAUCCACCACCAGGCUAUCCACCUGGAGCUCCACCAGCCCAGCCGCCGCCCUACUACCCACCUCCACAUGGGCCGCCCCAUGGGCCCCAUCCACCACCCCAUGUCCAUCCCCACCAUCCACCUCCACACUAUCCACCACCGCAUCACCAUCCACCACCACAUUAUCCUGCCUUUGGUCCACCUCCUAUGCCUGGCUACGGUGCUUUGCGACAGAAAAGUCGGUCACCCAAUAGACGAGUCAUCAGAAGGAUGACGCUGAAACGACCAGACAGGAAGGCAAAAGCUAAGCCGAAGCCCAAAGCAAAGCAAGAGAAAAAGGCACCACCAGUGAAGGCCGAUGGCUCAGAAAUGUCUCCGCGGGAGCUGUCGAACAUCAAGGAGGCGGAGGCGAAGGCCAAGCGCGAAGCAAAUCCAGAGGCCACGAGGGAAGCCAAGCCUCUCCAACUCUUGGUGGAUCGUGCGAGCAACCCGAAGAGCUGGAUCCCUUGCAUUGAAGAUGUGUCCCUACGCGCCUGGAUGUACAUGAGCCAGGAGAAGCAUGUGACGCAUAACGAUUUCGAGGAGAUCAAGGAAAAGGUCGAUUGGGUCGAAAUCCAUGGCGCUGCUGCUGUCACCCGGAAGACCAUGUGGUUCGUCAAAGAAGGUUGUAGGUGCCCGUACAGUUACGGCAAGCAGCAAGUCAGUGCAGUGACCUUUCCCGAUUGGUUCUUGGAGAUGGCCAAGCGUUGGCUCGGUUGCCUCAAUCUCAAUGACCAGGACAAGGAUUCCAUGUUUCCAAACUGUGUGAACCUGAACCUCUACGAGCACGGCGAUCAUCAGGUGGCUUGGCACUCUGACGACGAGCCAUUGUUCCGAGGCAAGUUCCAGGACACGCGGAUCAUCUCGGUGACCUUGGGUGCCAUGAGAAAGUUCCAGGUUGGACUCAAGGCACCGAGAAGAGGUGGAAUCCUGAAGCCCGAGAAGGGGAGCAUGGCAACCUUCAACCUUGGACAUGGGCAAAUUUGCACCAUGGAAGGCCUUUUCCAGAAGCACUACCUGCAUCAGAUCGCAAAGGGAACCACUCGACAGCCACGAAUCAAUGCGACCUUUCGCACGAUUGUGGAACACGCAGCUAGCUGUGUUUUACGAAUCUUAUGGUGUUUCUCAGCUUGGGCAGUGAGAAGUUUCAAGGAGUUCAGCGAACGGCGCUUUGUCAGAGAGUUGAAGCAGGACCAGAAGCACCAGCGAGCGCACGCAGUGGUUGAGCUGACUUUGGCGCAAUGGGAGAAAGGCCAAUCCAAGGGCUUGAUGGCCACAGUUGUGAAGGAUUGGCGCAAGUACACAGAGGCUGGAACUCUUGAGGACGCUGCAUUCAAUCUGCUGCAAAUGUGCCAACGAGAAGCUCCUCCUGUCGCUCUUGCAGCUUUGUUUGCACGGCCAGCGCCCAAGAUCGACUUCACAAAACUGCGCUUUGGUAUUGCACAGUAUAGGAUGGCGACGAGUCGUGGAUGUGGACCGGGCCACGGGGCACGCUCAGGCGUUUUUGAUCAGCAACGAGUGUCAGCUGAGUUGGAUCCAUGUAGUUGGAUCAGGCUCUCCGUGAAAGUCUUCGACAGCAUAGGCCCAGAUGUUUUCAGCAUUUCAGAUGGCGAGGCCAUGGCUGUGUGGCAGCUAUGCGUCAUAGAGUCCAAGAAAGAUCAGGCCUUUGCGCAGCUCACAGAAACCAAUGCCAUUGCUUUCCAGCUUCAAGAGGCAUGUCAGAUAUACACGCAGGAGAACGAGACGCUCCAGGAACGCUUGAAGCAGGCCAUGGAAACUCUUCAGCGUGAGUUGCAAACAAAGGAGGAGCUGGCAAAAGAGCUCCGUGAUGCGUACAGUAAGCAGGCUCGCCAAACUCCGCUGCUUCCUGAACUGCCGCUUGGAUAUGGAUUGGUGAAGGCAAACAAUCGCGGGCUUUACAAUGCGAAAGCCGUCGAGGAUGUGGCUGCAUCAGUGGCCUCGGUGCAGAGAUCGCCACGACCAGAUGCUGUGGCCUCAAAUCGGAGGUGA